AUGGGUUCUUAUCGCCAUUUCCAACCUAUCUCCAAAUGUGGCACUGAAGAUCGAUCCAAUCAAACAGUGGCAGCAGAUCUAGAUGGCACUCUUCUCAUAUCCAGAAAUCCUUUCCCCUACUACAUGCUUGUCGCUUUUGAAGCUGGUAGUCUUAUAAGGGCACUACUCCUCCUUGCUUCAGCUCCAUUCGCAUAUUUCACAUACCUAUUCAUCUCAGAAUCUGCAGCUAUCCAAACCCUAAUCUUCAUCACCUUUUCCGGGUUGAAAAUUCGCGAUAUCGAGCACAUUUCUAGGUCUAUUUUGGCCAAAUUUUACGCCGAGGAUGUUCACCCAGAGACUUGGAGUGUGUACAGUUCUUGUGCGAAGAGAUACAUAAUUACUGCAAACAUUAGAAUUAUGGUGGAAUAUUUUGGGAAAAACGUCUUAGGUGCUGAGAAGGUUAUUGGGACAGAGUUGGAGGUAUCAGAAUCUGGAUUGGCGACGGGGUUCGUCGAGAAACCUGGUGUUCUUGUUGGGGAACACAAAAAAGCAGCUAUUAUCAAGGAAUUCGGCAGAAAUUUUCCUGAUUUAGGGCUUGGAGAUAGAGAGACUGACCACGCCUUCAUGUCGAUAUGCAAGGAAGGAUACAUGGUUCCAAGAACAAAAUGUGAGCCAUUACCAAGAAACAAGCUUCAACUCCAGUAG